UCAGCCCGAGCAGAGGCGGAGGCAUCUGGGCGGGGAGAGCCAGCCCGGUCGGAAUCCGAAUUUGAGUCGGUGUGUGUCAGUCCCUACGAGAGAGUGCUACGAGCGACGGGCACGAUGACUCUGAACCGUGGAGCUCAGCGGCGUUGCGGGGACCGUCGGCGGGGCAGCACGCCCUUCCUCACCCAGCAGCACCUGCAUCGCCGCAGCAUGCCCGUGGACGAGCGAGACCUUCAGGCGACGCUGCCCUCCGGGCCCUUGGGCCAGCUGUCCAACCUGGUGCGGCGCCCCAGCAGCAGCCCCCGGGAACCCAGCGACUGCUGGGCCUCCGGCUCCUCGGACUCCAUCACCUCUUCAGGCAGCGAGUCCGACGGCCACCUGUACAAGGUGAUACUUCUGGGAGAGCGCGGCGUGGGCAAAACCAGCCUGGCACGCAUCUUUGGCGGCGUUGAGGAGGGACCAGAAGCCGAGGCGGCGGGGAAUACCUAUGACCGGUCCAUUGUGGUGGAUGGAGAAGAGGCUUCCCUCAUGGUGUUUGACAUCUGGGAACAGGAUGAAAGUCAGUGGCUGUCCAAUCAUUGCAUGAAGAUGGGGGAUGCCUAUGUAAUUGUGUACUCGGUCACUGACAAAGUCAGUUUUGAGAAAGCCUCGGAGCUGCGUAUUCAGCUGCGCCGUGCCCGCCAAUCAGAGGAUAUCCCCAUCAUCCUCGUGGGCAACAAGAGUGACCUGGUCCGUUCCAGAGAAGUCUCUGUGGAUGAGGGCCGGGCUUGUGCCGUGGUGUUUGACUGCAAGUUCAUUGAGACGUCCGCUGCCCUUCACCACAACGUGCAGGACCUGUUUGAGGGCAUCGUCCGGCAGAUCCGGCUCCGGAAGGACAGCAAAGAAGACAAUGCUCGGCGGAUGGCCAACACCAAGAGGCGAGAGAGCAUUGGCAAGAAGGCAAAGCGCUUCCUGGGCCGAAUUGUGGCCAAGAACAACAAAAAAAUGGCUUUCAAGGCCAAAUCCAAAUCCUGCCACGACCUCUCGGUGCUUUAGGCGGAACUACUGUGGGGUGGGGGAAGGGGUGCCCCUCAAGGGGUACAAUAGAGGUAUUCUUGAUAAUCGCGGGAUCCCUGUCCAUGGUAUAGUGGAACGAGUGCUAGAUUUGAAAUCCUUGAGCUGGGUUCAGGUCUAGGACUCUGCCAAGUAAAUGCUCUAAUCUGGGACUCAGUUUGGGAAUCGGACAACUCGAAAAUCCCUGACAGCUCAAAAUCCAUGAUGCCUUAAGAUUCAGCGAUGACUCUGGAAAGGAAGGCUGGAGAGGCUGCCAUGGAAGCCUGGAGGUCAACAGCAGCUGGAACUCCAGCCCUUGCCCCUCAGGGCCUCCUCUCAGUCAAGGGGCCUGCCCCUCUGGCCUGGCCGGGGCACUAUGUGCUACAGAUGGACAAGGAGAGGGUGGUCCAUUGGACAUGAUGGCACUGCCCCAAAUCACUCCUUGGGAGAAGCCCUAGGACCUGGGUACGCAGGCCCGUACUUGUUUCAGACCCCUGUGGGGACAAUCUGAACCACAUCCCAGUGGGAGAAAAUAAAUGGGGAGGGAGGGGGGCAGACUUAGUUGACUAUUUUAUGCAGUAAGUUAAUAUUGCACUUCCAUUUAGGUUGUUUGAUGAAUUUGUUAUUUGUUUACAUGCAGACUUUUAUAAUAAAGGAUUAUUUCCUGUUAGAGUUCA